ACGAGCUGCCAUUGUUUACGUGAUGCUGCAGCGCACAAGGCGUGUUACGUACAGAACUGUGCGUAGUGACGUUGGUGAAUGAGCUGUAGUGGAAGCGUAAGGAGAGACGCGGUCGGCUGAGAGCUGGGUGGAGCGUACCAAGAGCAGGUGUUUCCUUCAUGUAGACCGCGGGGCGGUUUCAGCAUCUCCAUCUCCGACACCGUCAUUACCGUCCUGCCUAUUUUUAUUUACAGUUCUAUAUUUUCAGUUUUUUUUGUGUAUUUCCAUUAGACGUGGUUUUGUGUGUGAUAAGGAGACAUAUUCGAGUAACGACACCCCUAUUUUCUUAAUCAUAAUUACUAGUGACCUGUCUAUGUGACAGGCGCUUUGAAAGCCAGAGAAUAAAUAUUUGAAUAAAAUCAUUCUCAUAUUCAGAUUUUUUUUCCCCCCCCUUGCGAUUAAAAACAAUGUCAGUCACAUUUUCAUCAACACGGCCGAGAGGGAAAGGUGAAGUGACCCAACAGACGAUACAGAAGAUGCUGGAUGAAAAUCACUAUCUGAUUCAGUGCAUUAUGGACUAUCAGAGCAAAGGAAAGACUGCAGAGUGCACACAGUAUCAGCAGAUUUUACACAGAAACCUGGUUUACUUGGCCACGAUCGCAGACUCCAACCAAAACAUGCAGUCCCUCUUACCUGCGCCUCCGAACCCCGGGAUGAAUAUGGGUGGAGGCGGGAUGGGAGGGAGCAGUGCAGCAGGAUCUCUACACUCUCAGAGUAAUCUUAAUGACAGCAUGGCUCCUUCCUCACUAAUGCAGAGUCAGAUGAGUAACGGCCCGAGUCACACCCCCAUGCAGCAGCAGCAGCAGUCCGGCCCUUCCACUUCGUCCAUGAGCUCCGGGUCGAGCUUCACUCACUCAGUCCCCUCAUCCUCAUCGUCACUGGGCACAGCACUGUACCCGUCCUCCCGCACCAACCUCAACAUACAGUCCAGCCAAGUCUCUAUGAUGCAUCAGCAAGGUUCAGGACCCCAUUACUCCUCUUCUGGAGGUCAGCACUAUCAGGGGCAGCAGACCAUAGGCAUGAUGGGACAAAGUAAUCAAGGCAACAGUAUGGUCCCACAAAGGCCUGUCGGAAGCUAUCGUCCUGCUCAGCAAGGAUCGCAGUACAUGGGUCAGGAGGAGUUCUACGGAGAGCAGUACGGACACACUCCGAGCUCCAGCGAGCCUAUAAACCAGCAGUAUUACCCUGAUGGUCACAGUGAAUACUCGUAUCAGCAGUCUUCUUAUGGCGAGCAGAGUUACGAGAGAUCGUUUGAAGACUCAUCACAACACUAUUAUGAAGGCGGAAACCCUCAGUAUAGCCAACAGCAGUCACAAUAUCAGCAGAGCUCAGGUCAGCAGCAGCCAUUCAACCAACAACAGUACCAAUCACAGCCAGGAUACAGCAGCCAAGGACAGGGUUACGGUCCAGGACAGGGAGCUCCAUCUCAGUACUCUCAGUAUCAGCAGGGUCAGAGUCAGCAGUAUUCCUCAUAUCGAUCCACACAAUCUACCCCUGGCUCUCAAACGCAGAGAUCGUACACGUACGAACAGGGUCAGUAUGGAAACUACCAGCAGUAAUGAUACUUCUACAAGUCGACCAUUCGGCAAACCAAUCAAAUGAACAGGAUCGCAUAUACUGUGUUAAGCUGACCAUUGUGUCGUGAUGACCAAUGAGAAACUAGGCUUGUCCAAAAAAAAAAUAAUAAUAAUAAUUCAGCUUCCAUCUUCUUAUGCAGACUGAGAUUGGAAACCACUCUCACUGUCUGUCUAUUUAACAAUUUAAUAUCCUGGCUACUUUCUUUCACCUACCUCCUCUUCAUUUCUCAGAGGGAUUUAGAGCUUAUGUCUCUGUACAGAGAUAAGGUAUAUAUGAGACAAAACAAAACAGACUACCGAUACAAAUUCUACUGAAUAUGUUCAGCAUCUGUUUAUAUAAAGUGUGUAAAAAUAAGUGUGUGUUAACAUUCCUAGUGUCCAUCAGAUGGAGUUACGUGUCACGUGUUAAAGGUGCAGGAGUUUGCUAGUUUCGUGUACUGU